UAUCAAGAUCAAGUGAAUGGUGACACGCCUUCACAAGAAAUAAUGGAAACACAAAUUGAGGAUCAAACACAAGAUGUUGAAAUGGAAGAAGUAACAAAUAUUACAUCAACUACAGAAACGAAAGUGGUGGAGGAACCUAGCAAUGUUGCAGAAUGAGAUCAGCCGGAACGUUACCAUACUUGGAGUUGAAGUUGAAUUGCUGUUGUAACCAUAGCCUACAUGGUUACUGGUAGGAAUUGCCUAAGAAUAGAUACUCAGUGUUGGAAUAUGUGUUUUGAAGUACCAAAUCAUAUAAUAAUGCCUUACAAAACUUAUCAAUUCCUUGGGGGGGGUGUCCUAUUCUUGAUGUCAAAGUUAGAUCAAUUUUAUAGCCUUGUUAAAAUCUAUUUAUAUUAGAAUUGAUUGAUUAAUCAUACAGAAUUUGAGGGGCAACAAUAAUAUGAUAUUAAUAUUGAAGAACAGAAGGAAGUUGAUUAUUCUACAAGGGUUUUUUAUUUACUAGGUUGUUUUUGACAAAAAAGUGAUUGAGUUGGGUUAGAAUUCAUUCUCGGUAAAAAUGGGACUCCUAUUAGUUUUUGUAAGCAUUACACCAGCAGGAGUUAAGACACAUAUUCACAAAACAGAUACCAUUAGGAUGAAAUCCCAUUAUUGAGACAUCUCUAUUUUCUCUUUGUGUUUCCAGAUACAUACUAUUAGUUGAUCCUGUUCAGAAUAUCUGACUAGUGCCUUGUCGACCUCUGAAGGACACAAGAGUUGCUGAAAGUUUAUCAUUUUAAGACGGUAGAAGUAAUAUUCUACCCUGAGCUGUGAUAUUGAUAUUCCUUUCGUUGAUUAGAGAAACAACUAUUUUGAUGAGUCAAUGAAAAUGUUUUGAGAAAACUGAUAGAAAAGAAAUUGUGGCGUUAUGAUUUUUUUAUGACACUGAUUUUACAUAUUUAUUAUGAUUAUCUUUGAUGCGUCCUUCUUUGUGUUCCAUUAAUGUCCACGUGUUUUCCAGAAUAUGGUUGGGUAUUUUGUGAAAAUAUGAAGACUACUAUGAUCUUGUCAUAUUGUGAACUUUGAAACUUGAAAGUUUUUUUGUUUGUCUAAAUUUCAGAUUUCACAAGCAAUUUUUCAACGUCUUGACAUCAUGGUGUAGUAAUCCUGAGCGAUAUGUUGCUCAACGAACUGGACAAUGGCUGACCACCAAAACAGAUAUUUCUGAACGACUGAUUGCAAAAAUAUGUCUUAUGACUUGUUUGAAGAUCAGAGAUAAGUUUUCGGUGUUUUGACGUUACUCAAAUUGAUUUUUCAAAAAGUUACAUAUAUCAUGGCGAUACUCUUCUUUGCGGGGACACUUUUUAUAAUUUUUUGUGAUUUCAGGAGUUCCUUCGAUAUUUUUUUGGAUUAUUUUAUUUUAUUUAUAGGUACAAUGAGAAAUUUGACCUUUCUAAGAGGACAUUGGAAUUUUGCUGUUUUAACUUAGGCAAAUUUUAAUGGAGAACUAAAAUAUGGGACACAGGGUGUCGAAUAUAUCUAUGAUAUUGAACAAAUUGGUGAAGUAAUUACAGGUCCAGGUGCCAGAUGUAAUUCAAUCGCUGGUAUCUUGGGGGGUACUUUACCUAAAUUGACUUCAGACCAGGCAGAUGCUGUCAAUAAAGCAAAAAAGUAUGCAAUGGAGCAAAGUAUUCGGAUGGUUCUGAUGAAACAGACUUUGGCGCAUCAACAACAGCAAAUGGCUAGUCAGAGGACCCAAGUACAACGGCAACAGGCUCUCGCCCUCAUGUGCAGGGUCUAUGUCGGUAGCAUCAGUUUCGAGCUCAAGGAAGACACAAUUAGGCAAUCUUUCUUGCCCUUCGGACCCAUCAAAUCAAUAAACAUGUCCUGGGAUCCUGUGACGCAGAAGCACAAGGGAUUUGCAUUUGUCGAAUACGAGAUUCCUGAAGCUGCCCAUCUAGCUUUGGAACAGAUGAAUGGUGUUAUGAUAGGAGGAAGAAAUAUCAAAGUUGUUGGAAGACCGAGCAAUAUGCCUCAGGCACAGACAGUAAUAGACGAAAUACAAGAGGAAGCUAAGCUGUAUAAUCGAAUAUAUGUGGCCUCUAUACAUCCUGACCUGACAGAGGAUGACAUCAAAAGCGUGUUUGAGGCGUUCGGACCGAUAACCUUUUGCAAACUGGCGCAAGGGAGCACAGGUCACAAGCAUAAGGGAUAUGGCUUUAUCGAGUACGAGACGUUGCAGGCGGCCAAUGAGGCCAUAGCGAGCAUGAACCUCUUCGAUCUCGGCGGGCAAUAUUUAAGGGUUGGGCGGGCUAUAACCCCUCCCAACGCGCUCUUAGGACCCUCCUCCGGGGCGGGCGCCAUGCCUACUGCUGCUGCCGUUGCCGCGGCCGCUGCAACUGCGAAGAUACAAGCCAUGGACGCGGUAGCUAGUAACGCUGUAGCCCUGGGAUUGAAACUGCCGCAGCCUGCGGUCACAACUGGUAUUCCUGCCGUGGUUCCCCCUCCUGGUAUCGCUAUUCCCACUGUACCUGGAAUUAUUGCUACCGCACCAACAAUACCAGGUGUUGCAAUUCCCGUUGUAACGAAAGUUGCCACAAUAGGUUCUCCCGUUAUAGCCGUAACCACCAUAGGAGCUCCGGGAGUGGCGGUUCCCACGAUAGCCACGCCUACCGUUGCCAUACCCGGCAUGGUGACGCCUACCGUGGUUCCUGUUAUUCCUCCUCCGGGCGUAGCCCAAUUUCCUGCCGUCGUUCAACCGCCCAUCGUUGCUCCACUCGUGAGUACCGCCCCUCAGACGGUAAUCCCGCCUCCUACGGUGGUCACGUUGGCCGCCCCACCCACGGUACCUACAAUGACUCCAGCCCAGGAUGCUCUGAAGAGAGCGCAAGAGGCGCAGUUGAAGCAGCAGGAGGAGCUUCAGAAAAAGCUAUUGGACCAGAACGAACCGCAGACCCUGCAACAGCAGGAGAACAUGUCGAUAAAAGGACAGAAUGCCAGGCAUCUGGUCAUGCAGAAGCUGAUGCGCAAAGUGGAUUCAAGAGUCGUGAUUUUGAGGAAUAUGGUGGGUCCGGACGAGGUAGAUGAAACUUUGGAAGAGGAGAUUCAGGAAGAGUGUAGCAAGUACGGUGCUGUUGAGAGGGUUGUGGUGUAUAAUGAAGUGCAGUCUGAGGGUAACGAAGAUGAUGUUAUUGUCAAGAUUUUUGUCGAGUUUGUGGCUACCAAAGAGGCUGAAGCAGCAAGAGAUGCCUUGAAUGGAAGAUAUUUUGGGGGAAGAAUGGUUCGAGCAUCUCUUUACGAUCAAACUUUGUAUGAUCAUAGUGAUUUUUCUGGUUAGACAGAAAGAAUAUCACAAACAUAAUUUUUUUCUACUGUGUAGGACAAUUUAAGAGAAUUGUAUAAAAAUUUUGCUUAUGGCUCAAUUCGUCUCAUUUUUCUGUACAUAAAAUUGUAUAUAUUUGACUCUGGCUACAAAAAAAAUGAAAUUUUGAAUUUGACUUAUACAUUGUAUGAUAUUUUAAUAAAUUUUUUUGAAAUA